GAGUCACUUACUUCGUAGAUCCCGGAUACCCAUUGUGUUGGCUGCUUGAUGAUUUCCCGCUUCCCUUGAAACCAUGACUCAGUUAUGACAGGCUGAUUGGACAUGAAAGCAGCUCGAAAGUCUUCUGCAACAAGACGGGCUGCAGCGUUGGCAUUUCUUUCAGGAAUCUCAUUAGAUGGAAAACCAGACACAACGUCACACGCAAAACCCACUCCAACGACUCCCCAGCGAAAAGAAUUGGAUAAUGAAAAGCCCACAUCUUCAACUUCAAAAACAGAAGUUUCCUCCAAACGUCCAACCACAGAAAGAUGCCAGCAAGCGGCAAACGAAAGCGGUCACGUGACACAACAACAGGUGAUGAAUACCAGUGUGGACGCAACAUCAAAAACGCGUCGUCCGUCGGCGAAACGAACUGUGUCGAUGGAUGCUUUGAUGUAUGAAGCGAUGGUGAGAGACAUGUCAGGCAGCAGGCAUCUGAAAAACGCCGACUGGAAGUCAGAAGCAAGAGGAACCAGACUCAUCAUCACGUCCACAUCCGGCCUUCCUGUUGCCAUUUUUUCUACAGUUAGAUAUAAGAAGGGCGAGGGUAAAGACAUUGGAAUCGACAGGCACAGACCCGGAUCGAUUCACUCGGAAAGUAGAGUGUUGUUUUCUGAAGGAAUUGAUGUUAGGAAAUCGAAGAAUUCUGUAUCCUAUGGCAGGAUGCUGGAGAGCACGCAAGAAAGUGAAUUGUGUCAUGAACAUCGAGAUGUGUUGCCACUUCCGAUGUCACCAGUUGCAACAGAAUGUGUGUUGGGUCCUGUUAUUGGGAAGUCUUUGUUACAUCUAGAGGGUGUGUAUAAUCCCAACGUAUUCGACGAUCCCGAACUUCAGAGCGGGAAAUAUCGGAAAGUUAUAACAAUGCCAUCGUAUCGGCUCUCUGUGUUGGAGUAUGCUCGACCGUCACACAUCAAGCGCGAUCUCAACGACCAGUUUCGUGAACGGUUUCCUCACGUGCAGUUGACGUUAAGCAAGUUGCGGGCUAUUAAGAAAUGCUUGCUCAAGAUUUCUCUCAAGUGUUCCCUCGAUUUGCUCGUCGUUGCUCUUGCAUAUGUCUACUUCGAGAAGUUUGUGUGGAAACUAAAAGUGAACAAAGCCAAUAGAAAGAUUUCGGCCGGCUGCUGUCUGUUGUUGGCUGCGAAAAUGUUGGAUCUAAAACGUGUUGAUAUCCGUCCCUUGAUGGAUGGUAUUACGGAUGGAUUGCACAUAUCGCAUAGGGAUCUACUUCAGUUUGAGUUUCCGGUGUUGGUUGCUCUCGAGUUCUCGCUGCACAUUCCCCACUGGGAAGUGCAGCCUCAUUUGGAUAGACUUGAAAGUUCAUUCUGAGACUUUGCUAUUGUACAGUAGUUUAUAUCAAGCAGUACUACCGAUGUAACCAAAAUACAUUGAAUGUAUAUACGAGAGUUAUGUUGACAGAGAGUUAUGUUGAUUUGUGUAAAAUAUAUUUUGUAAUCAAAAAUGCUUGGA